AAAACAAAAAAAAAAAAAAAAAAAAAAAAAAAAAAAAAAAACAUCAUCAAUUUGUUUAGAGUAUAUGAGAUGAAGAAAGCUAGUCAACUAUCAACAACCAUUCUAACUAUCUUCAUCGUCCUUGCAAUAGGGAUGAUGGUGAAAGGAACAGUGGGAAAACAACGUCUUUGUAUUAAAGUUCUAACAAAUGCUUCACAUGUAUCUAAGGGUGCAUCAACAUGUGAUUCGAAAUUGUGUACCUCUUUAUGUGAAAAGAUAUCUCCUCAAGGAGUUAGUUUUUGCAAGCCUAUUGCAACUACAGGACAAUCCAAGAAAGGAAAUCCAGUAUGUAACUGCAGAUAUUGGUGUCGAUCGGAUGGAACCCCGCACACCACAUAGAUUUAUGAGACAAUCAGAUAACCAAGAUCAAAUGAUAGCAAUUCAUCGACAAUUUUUUUAUAUAAGAAAAAUUCAUAAUAAUUGUAUUUAACAAUACUACAUAAAUAAUUAUCAUUGUAAAUAUAUUAAAUAAGUAGACCAUGGCAUAAUCACUAUUGUGCUAUGGUGUAUGUGUGUCUUCAUAUAAUGUAUGAUUUAAACUAUAAAUUAAAUAACUUUCUAUUGAUCAUC